GUGUUGGCGCGCUUCUCGAUCGACCGAUCGAUCAGCCAAUCAGGCAGAUUGCUAAAGGCCAGUCGUUGAGGCUGAAAUGGCCCCUCGGCAAACCGGGAGCGGGCGUUACCGGGGCGACAAGGGGCGCAAGGAUCAGCGCCGGGAGAGCUACCGCCUGUACAUCCGCCGAGUGCUGAAGCAGAUCCACCCGGAGCAGACCAUCUCGGGCCCAGCCGCCGCGGCGCUCGACUCGAUCGUGGGCGACCUCUUCGAGUGCCUGGCGUGCGAGGCGUCCCGCCUGGUGCGCUACAGCAAGAGGCAGACCCUGUCGUUCCGGGAGAUCCAGAGCGCCGUGCGCCUGCUGCUGCCCGGGGACCUGGCCAGACACGCCGUGUCCGAGGGCACCAAGGCGGUCAGCAAGUACACGGGCUGCCAGUGAAGGGGAGGCGCAGGCACAGGCUCGGAGCUCAGUCUCCACUCGGGAGGAGAAGGGCGGCGAAAAGACAAGGGAAGAAUUAGAAAGCGACGAUGGAUUUUUAAAAAAUUUAGAGCCACUUUGGGCGAUAUCCACAGACAUCCCGAGUCCCACUCUCUGUGUCUGUGUUGUAUGUUUCUUGUUUUCGUGUCUGUGACUGUAUCACUUGUCCAAAAGGGGCUUGUCCGAUGGAAAACGUGACCCACUGCAAUCCCCCGAAAAUAAUAUUUCACAAACCACCCCCCCCCCCCCGCACACACACACACCCAAACAAAAGCUGAAAUUUGCUUGCAAUGAUUUAUUCCGUUCUGCCCCCUGCCUGAAGGACACUGUCUCUCUCUCUCUCUCUCUCUCCAAAUUUUAUGAAGGAAACUAAAUGAUACGUGCGUUGUCUGCGCUUCCCCGGGAUCAGGGGAAGGAGACUUAAGCGGCUGCUCGCGGUUGAU